AAAAAUCGAAACGAAAGCAAGCCCGGCCAAGGAUUCAUACGCUGUUGCCUACCACGUAUUAGUAGUCUGAGCGUGGCGGCAGGCUAUAGGGCAAUCUCUGGUAGUCAACCGACCGUGGGAACCGCGGCUGCAGUCGUUGAUAUAAGCUUCCAGGAGUGGCGUGUGCGUUUCCAUUUUUCUUCAUGAUUGGAGGCAACUUGGCAACUUUUCCUGGUUUUUCCAGCGAUAAGGGAGUAUUUCUCAGAGAGAGCCAUCUACAACUGUGCUUGUUCCUGCUUCGGAACACGGAACUUUGUGUAGCGAAGGUUAGUACGGCCAGGCAACCGAUUCCCUCGCUCUGAGCGCGCGGGCUGGUGCAGUUGGCAAGAGUUUCGCGUGCUUGUGAGGUGUGUGCUCUCUGCUCUGUCGCAACCCAUUCCCCCACAAUCAAGUACGAAAUUGAGGACCUCACAGCAAGCUGCCAGCGAUUUUUUCAAGUCAAAAAGUCGAAAUGGUGAGAGCUCAAGCUACGUGGUACGUAUACGGCAGAGCUGUAGAGCUCCCUGUGAGAGGCUGUUGGCAGUACAGGACAGCAGGAUACCAUGGAGUAGUGGCACGCGACGUCUGUCACAGAGCCUGUGUUCGCCACCACCUCGGAUAUAUACCUCCUGAGCUGCGGGUCUACAGCGGUUAUAGCUGAUGGAACCAACCACACUAUGCGGAUGAGCGCCGUGGUGACGGCGAGAACAGCUGACAAAGUUGGUGUGUCGCUCCACAUGUGGCGGUGCGCAGGCGAACAAUUUCAACGAAAACCACGUGUGUGAUUCUCCCACACCCGCACAACUUCGGUAGUCCAUGAAGUUCCCCAUGGGCAGUCCAUGAGUUGCGCACUUUGGGCAGCGCAUGGACUACCCCGCGGAUUCACAACAUUGUUAUGUGAGAGAAUUGUUGUUGUUGUUGACU